CCUCCGUGGGGCUUGGGCACUGAUGUUGUGAUCGCGGGAAAUUUCACCAUGGCAACUUAGAGAAACCCAUUUGAACAAGAAGAAAGAUGGCGGACCAGUGUAAAGUCGUGAAAACCUUGGUUUAAUCGUCGAAAAUGACAGAAAUACUGUGUCGAUGGAUCAAUGAUGAUGUGGGGCUGAGCCGAUAUGUUGACCAGUCCAAUUUCGCUAAGGAAUUCGCCACCGGGUUCCUCCUCGGCGAGCUUCUUGAGAAACACGGACUGCAGAAUGAUUUUGCCGCAUUCUCACAGAGCACAACUUCUGAUUCCAAGCUCAACAACUUCACCCGGCUGGAGCCGACCCUCAAACUACUUGAAGUCCCCUACGAUACUAAUGUGGCACGAGCUAUAAUGAAUGAGAGUCAAAGUGCUAUAACACGAUUAAUGUACCAACUUUUUAUUGCAUUGGGAAAGAAAUCAAAAAUGGGAUUGACAGGAGUAGCUAUGGAAACCAUGAGACCAAGUGGACCAGUGAAGCUUGAGAAUAUUGAGAGUGGAAUGUACAAAGAGAGGUUGAAGCAACUGACCAAACGCCAAGUUGACCUGAACUUCGAGAACCUUGUGCAGAGAUAUCAAGCAAAGCAGAAACAACAGGAAGAUCUGGCCUUUAGAGCUAGGUUCGAGGAAGAAGAGAAAAUGCGAAAGUAUCAGCAAGCUCAAAGACAGCGUGGACUCGAGAAGUCGCGACAGGCUAAGAAUAAGCAGCAGGAAAUGAUGGACAAGAUCAGGGAUGCGACUGUGAAGAUCCCUAAGCCACCUGGAUCCAGGAAAUCUGGAAAAUCGCGCAAUGAACUACGCCGCCAGAAGGAGGCAGAGGAGGUGAAGAAGAGUAUAGACGAAUUCGAGGCGAGCAUGAGGGCAAAUAUCCCAGCAGCCAGCCCCGGUCCCCCUGAAGGUGAUGUCGGGUUCCCUAGCCGUGACGUCCCUAUUGACGUUGAGGGGCUAAUAUCAUCGCCACCGCCACCGAAGAGGUUUCCAGAUCCACUGGGUGUCAUCAAGCCAUCCGCUAAUGAGGAGUAUAUCAACAAGAUCCGCACUAGACUAGAUGAAGAUGCAGUUGCCAGAAAGGAGCGGGAGAAAAGGCGUCGACGCGUGUUGAUCGAGCAGAUGAAGGCACACGAAGCCCAGGAGGAAGCGCACCGCGAGGAGAUGCUCGUAAACAGACUGAUGCGACAGUCACAGCAAGAGCGAAGGAUCGCCGUACAGCUUAUGCAGACCCGCCAUGAGAAGGAGGUCAUCCGGCAGAACAGGAUCUUUCGUGAGCAGCAGUACGCCGAGAGAAGGCUCAAGGACUUUGACGACGCUCUCGAGAGGGAGGCGGAGUUGUGCCGACAGGCCAAGGUCGAGUAUUUGGAGGAGACUCGCAAAGCUAAGGAGCUUCGCGACAAGCUAGCAGAGGAGCGCGCCCAAGCCAAGUACAACAAACACUACAAGACGUGCAUGGAGGUUCUUUCUGAGAUUGUGGAUUUUUCCUGCAAAGUUGGCGAAUACCGUGAGCUCACUGAGAAACUUAUUCCACCCAAGCUUUUCCGAGAAUGGAAAGAUCUGUUUUUACAGGGAAUACCGCUGUACGAGGAAAAGAUAUUAGGCCUAACUGCCGCCGAGAUCCAGAAAGAACGCGAGAUUGAAGUCGAGAAGGAGAAUCUGUUGGAUGAGGGAGACUUUAUGGAAUAUAAGAAUCUUAUGGGCGAAUGGGUGCCUCCUGAAGAACUCCAGAUCCCGGGACCUCCCAAGGACAACGCCGUGCUUGGCCACAUCAUACAGCGCCUCUUCAACAUCGUCUCGCCACCUGAGAAACCGCCCCCACCGCCGGAGUUUCCCCCUUUCCCCAUCAAGGCUUGCUUUCUGGGAAAGUUCUUCAGUGGCAAAAGUUCAGUUGUGAAGAAACUUGUGGAAUAUCAUCGGCUUGUUCGCUUGUCUAUGGACGAUUUGGUUUCUGAAGCCAUAGAAGCAAAUAAGAAUGGGGAGACUGUCACUGAGCCCGACCCCGACCCGGAGGAACCAAAGAAAAUGAGCACAGUGGAACCGCCAUCAGCGGGGGUCAACAAGCCAGAGGACACGCCAACCGGGGGGUCUAGGGCCGAGACCCCGCACUCGUCUGGAGACCAGCCUAAAGAAAACGAAGAUCCUAAUAAACAAGCGGAAGUUCCGACUGAGCAAGACGAGAAGAGAGACAAGACCAAGGACGAGCUUGAGAAAGAGGGGGAAGCCAAGACCACCAAAACCAAGGAGCCCGAGGCUGCUACGUCCAAGGCCAAAGGACCAAAGCCGACUCUUCGGUCUAAGUUAGGCGGCAAGGCGUAUACAUUCCUGAAGAAAGGCAAGGCGACACCGGACCAGCUUCUGGUCGACAUUAUGGUAGAAGCAGUCAGAAAUGUACCGGAGGGUACAGGGUGGAUAAUGGAUGGCUUUCCCUCUACUGUCAGCCAAGCAAAGCUUCUAGAGAAAGCCCUUAGUGGGUACGAUGCACAGAAAGAAGUAAAAGACGCCAAAGCUGCUAAGGAAGCUACCAAGGUCAACAAGUCGCGAAAGUCUCGUCUCGCCCCAGACCCCCACCCUGCUCCCGAGCAACCUCCCCUCAAGAGUGGUGUCGACCUUGUGAUCUUGUUCGACCUCCCGGACGAAGUGGCGCUCAUGAGAGCCGAAGGAAGAACAUAUAAUCCCGUCACGGACGAGCAGUACCACCAGGAGUUCAACCCUCCGGUAGAAGGAAGUUACACCGGCAUCAACAAACAAGAAAAAGUAGUGCCUGUGUCAGACCCGUCCAACGACCGCGAGCAAGUUCAACAAAGAAUAACUGGUUUCCUGGACGCGUGGCCCAAGCUUGAGAAGUGGUUCUCGAAGUUUGGAAUUCUCCAAAAAGUCAACGCUGACAAAAGCCAAGAUGACCUUUACGAAGAAGCGGCUGGACUUCUAAACGAGGCAUACCAGCGACUAGUAGCUCCUCCAGAAGAGCCUGUGCCGGAGGCGCCGUCCGUACAGCCAUCUGUCCCACCAGAGGGUGAGCCCACAGAUGGCCAGCAGUCUGCCGAGGGGACCACUGGGGAAGGUGCCGAGGGCCCAUCUGCAGCACCUUCCGUCGCACCCUCCGAGACUGGUGCCAAGUCAGACAGCAAGUCCGAGAAGGGGACAAAGAGUGCCAAGAGCGCCAAAAGCAAAGGAGCUUCCACUCCUGGGUCCCCUAAAUCGCGACAAAAGACAGUAAAGAAGGACCGAUCACCUUCUCCUACCUCUAAGAAGGGCGGUAGUAAGAGCAGGUCCCCCUCCCCUACAAGUAAAAAAGGAUCGAGGGCUGCGUCCAAGUCCCCCUCGGCCUCACGAAAAGGCUCAGGGCGUGGGUCGAGAGGUUCACGGCCAGGUUCAAAACGAGGAAAAUCGCCAAAGAAAGGAAUGGAAGAACCGGAAGAAGAGAAGCCACCUGAGCCCACUGGACCCCCUGAGCCUGAGCCAGGUUCAGAGGAAUGGGAGUACGUCGCUCAACCCAUCGACAAGGAGUUCGCUGAUGUACUGUCCAAACAAUGGGAGAUCGUGGAAGAUACUUAUGUGGCUACGUGUAAGCACGUGUUCAGAGAUAUCCGACACGAGAAGGAACUCAGCUAUAGAUACUUCUACGGCACCAGGAAAGAUUUUGUCGAGUUUCUCAAGCGUCCAGACGAGAAACAAGAGUACGUGGCUCAGUGGCAGAACGAGUACAACGAGAUCCCCGAAGACAUGCGCAGCGACGAGGACACCAAAGCCGAGCUGCACCAGCGAGUCGAUGACUUGUCCGAUCGUCUCUACGAAAUCUGCGAUAACCGCAAAGAGCUAGCCGAGAGGGAACGUCAGCUCGUCAUGAACGAGGGCUGGCUUGAAGACCGGAUAGGCAUUCUCACCAACCACUACAUCACGCUCAUGCAGGUGGAGGUCGACCGCUACCAGGACACGGUCCGAUUACUCAGGGACUACUACGUUGGAAUGGAAGUGCCAAACGGUAAGGUUCCAAGCGAGACGGUGAGUGAUUAUGCUCGCCUGCCAUUAGUGGAGCUACCGCCGACCAUCAGACCACAGUCGGCAUCAUCAAAAGCAAGCGAAAGUGCUGCAAACAUAGCUCCAGACAAACCUGAAACGAAGAGCCCCUCAGGGAAGAAGGACAGGGCAGUGAAGACCCCUGAGUCAGCAGAAGCACAGGAUGAAGAGCAAAAACCACGAAUCCCCCUUGUACCACGCCGUCCGAAGUCAGGUGACACCGGCCCUGGCAAAGGCAAAGACAAGAAGGCCGCUGGCAAAAAGGACAAACAAGCCGAUCCGGACAAACCAGAGACGCCCGCCCCACCAUCCGACCCAGACGAGAAGCUCGUUUUCGAUGCGUACAUGCUCUCCCUGACAAUUAUAGAAACCAUGGCCGCUAUCGACGCCGCUGAACAAGAAGCCGAGGCUCUUCGCCAACAGGAGCUCGAGAAGGAGAAAGAAAAAGAGAUGAUGCAGAAAAAAGCUAAAGACAAGAAGGAGAAAAAGGGGCGUAAAAGCCCAGGGAAAUCAUCCAUGAAGGCCGAGACACCGCCACCACCACCACCUGAAGAUGCGGAAGGGGAGAGCGAGGAAGAGAAGCAGAAGAUUUUAAUAAGGGAAAAGGCUCGCAAGGAGUUCCUCGGCGCCGUCGCUGCCGAAGACUUAGGGCUGAAAACAAGAUUGGAGAUGAUCAAAGCUCAUUCCAUGGCAGUCUUACAGGACAUCAAGUCCAAAGCAGAGGUCAUGCACAAGGACAUGGAUCAGUGGUUAGGAGAGAGGUUUCUCCAAGAGGUUGAGAGUAUCAAGGAGAUGGCGGCGACGAUCCGCUACGCCAUCGAGCAGGAGCAGAAACUACAAGAGGAAACGAUCUUGGAGGACAAGGACUUUAUCGUGGACCUGGAUACGAAGACAUUCCGAACACCCACACCACCACCCCCUCCGUCGCCCAUCGAGAUGCCGACCGCUGACAGCUUCACCGUGAUGCAGAUACUCAACCUCUAUAAACAGUUUGUCGAGACUGCGCCGAGUGGAAUGAUAUCCAAUCGAGGAUUCUGUGACACCAUCAUGGACUUGGCGAAUCUGACGCACGGUAUGGAGUCUCUGCCCGACGCCUGGAUGAACAUUACGCAAACCCAGUUACAAGAGGUCUGCACGCUGCUCUCCCCAGACUCCGAAUUCAUCGACUGGCGGAAGUUCCUCCUUUCGGCCGCGCAGCCCUGGACCCCACCGUCUAAGAUGGACCUGCUUAUCACCUUGGAGCGCUUCAAGAACGUGGACCAGGGAGGCCUGGGGCUGGUAGAUCAAAUGCAGUAUGACGAGAUUGAACUGUGGUUCUCCGGUGUGCGACCAAGUCUGGACGAAGACUCAGAGCAGGAUCUUAUCAGCGCCUAUAAUCGGCUGGAUAACCUCAAGGAAGCAUUCUUCCGGGUCUUUGCUGAUACAUCCUCAGACCCUCCACUACUUGACUAUGUCAACAUGUUGAUGUACUUCGCGUCAGAUUCGGACCCACUCGAGGGAUUCCUGCGGGCUCUCAGCAUCACUGCAGCUCAACCUAUGCCUUCAGCUGCAUCCCUCGGAAACAUCCCGCAGUCACUACCCGAAACUCAGGGAGGAAGUCUGCCAGAGAUACAGUUCGACCCUGUCACGCCACCUGUAGAGAUGAAUUCGCUGGUCACGCUAGACAACCUGAUGAUGGCACUUCAUCAUGGCGAGAGCAAAUUGGGAGAUACUCACAGAUUGAGCGUGACCGCUGACCCAGCAGACACAUUUGCAAGGGAUCGAAUCGCGGGAAUCUUCGUGGAACUGGGCGCGGACGAACACGAGGCCCUUCCAUUUCACUUCCUGUACCAACACCCCAUCAUGCAAGACUGCAUGCACAUGUGCCAUCGCUACAAGUCUGUGGACCUUCGAGGAGCCUUCCAGCCCAACGACCAGGAGAACUUUGAAUAGAUCAUGUGGUCAACUUUUCAUGCUGGCAUUUUUUUAUGGCUACUGUAUCUAGAUGCGUAUUGUUUGCUUUUGUUGUUAAUGUAUCAAUUAUGAAUGUAAAUAAGCGUGAUUUGAAAUUGUC